AUGGCGUUGGCAGUGCCGGUGUGGUGGGAAGGUCAUGAGAUUUGCUGUUCUCAUACAUGGCGUUGGCAGUGCCGGUGUAUGGGAAGAGUAUGUAUAUUGCUUAGUAUCAUCACACAUGGCGUUGGCAGUGCCGGUGUGGGGAUGAUACUGUCUGCGCGCGUAGGACUUGAUAUGAGAUAUGAGAUUUGUGAGCUACACGUGGCGUUGGCAGUGCCGGCGUGUGAGCUAUGGAGUUUCGUCCCCCGGUUGGACUACUCAUCCCUGGACGCGGGUUCUGGUUCGAAAAUCCUGCGUACCAGCCAACAAUCCCCCGGUUGGAUUGUCUUCCCCGACAGUAGUGGCAUUUGGAAGCGUUCGAGCGGUUUCCGAGCUCCAAACAUUUCAUCUGUAGAUAGGGUUCGUGUAAAUUCCUUCUACUCUGCUGUUGUUGGGAGACUCUGCCAAAAUUUUGGUAGGAUGUCUUGGGUUUUUAGUAAGUGGGCCCGGCAUCGGUGUGAUGUCGGCAACAAUACGGGGUCCGCCCCGGUUUCGGGAGAAAUUCCGGGGCGGGUCCUGUCAGCUUGGUAUCAGAGCAUUAGAACCAUGUCGACUCGUCGACUAAGAACGCGAGGUCGUGGUCAGAGAUGGGGGCCAAAUCCUCCACCACCAUCUCCGUCACCACCUCCUUCGCCAUCAGUUCCAUCUCCUCCACCAUCUCCACCUGCCGGAGAUAAUGCCUUGGACUUGCGCCAAGUGCUGAGUCAAUUUACGCGCACGAUGACUACCGCCUUGCGGGGGAAGUCUUGUAUGCGGACCGAGUAUUCAGAGAAUGUUAUGUUCAAGUAG